AUGGCGUGGGGUGGCCCGGCAACGGACGCGAGGGGUCGGGCGGUGCUGGAGUGGGCGGCGAGCGCGGACCUCCGGCUGCUUAACCGGGGGUCCGUGAACACGUGCGUGCGGUGGCAGGGCGAGUCAAUCGUCGACUUGUCGUGGGCGACGCCUGCCGCCUCGCGUCUCGUGUCGGGGUGGAGGGUAGUGGAGGAGGUGGAGUCCCUUAGUGACCACCCCUACAUCUUUAUGGAUGUCUCCGCUGCCCCUCAGUACCAUCCCGCUCGCGGACCCACGCCGGGCCGACCGCCGCGCAGAUGGGCGCUGAAGCGCUUGGAGAAGGACGCCCUGAUGGCGGCCGCCCUCGUCGCGUCCUGGCCGGAUGCCCCGGCUGGACCGGUCGCGGACGUCGAUCGGGAAGCUGACUGGUUUCGGGAGUCAAUGACGGCAGCGUGCGAAGCCGCCAUGCCCCGAGCCAAGAAGCUACCGAGGCGGGCCGCAUACUGGUGGAGCGACGAGAUUGCCGCGUUGCGUGCUACAUGCAGCGCGGCGCGACGUCGCUUCACGAGGGCCCGCCGGAGACGGAACCGCGAUCCGGCGAGGGAGGUGGCGCUGUUUGAGGUCUACCGAGAGGACACGGUGGACCUCCAGCGCGCCAUCAGGAGGGCCAAGGCGAGCGCCUGCGGAGAGCUCCUCGGGACUCUGGACAAGGAUGGCGGUUAG